AUGGUUGCCAAAGCCCUGUCUGUCGCUCUCCUUGCUGGUGCUGCAUCAGCCACCUGCCCUCUCUCAGUCGAGAUUACCGAUUCAAACAACCAUGUUGUCAAUGUCGCAGUCACGAACACGGGUAACGAGACUCUCUCGGUCUUCAAGGGUAACACUGUUUUCAGUGACCACGCCACCAAGGAUCUCUUGGUGACCGAUGCAGAGGGCAAUGCACUUCCUUUCGAAGGCAUCUAUGUCAACUACAAGCGUACAGGGCUUGCGGCUAGCUCUUUCCAGAAGAUUGAGGCUGGGCAGACAAUCACGAUUCCUGUCAACGCAGCCAAGAGCUACAAACUCCACGGCAUUGGACAAGCUAAGGUCACUGCUAUUCAAGGCUUCCGCUACGCAACGGGAACCAACACGCCCUCUUCUUUCAAAGAGUUGGCUUCUUGUGCGGAUUUGACUUCUGGCGAAGUUGAAGUCGCCCCUGACCAAGCUGUUGCGGCAGAGCAACACAUUUCUCGCAGACAUGAGAUGCCCGCCUCGUCUCGAAUCCAGAAGCGCGCAAUCACGUAUUCGUCUUGUUCCACUUCGCAAACUAGCGCUUUGAAGACUAGUGUUUCCGAUGCUAUUUCUAUGGCCAAUGCUGCUUACACGGCCGCUGGUUCCGCAGCUUACUACUUCACUACUUGGUUCAUCUCAACCUCCAACGAGUCCAAGGUCCGAAGCAUCUACAACAAGGUGGCCAACGUGCAGACCACAUCACCCAAGAUCUCUUGCACCGACACUUACAGCGAUUGCACGGACGGCUCUGCUUUGCUCUACACUGUCCCUUCCGAUAAUGUUAUCGUUCCGUGCCCCAACAACGGCUUCUGGGACUUCCCUGAGUUCGCAGCCCAAUGCUCGGGCGACGAUUACGACAGGGCGGGCAGCGUCCUCCAUGAGAUGACACACUUGUACGGCACUACCGAUUGGGCCUACGGUCCGACUGCCGCCAAGGCUCUGUCGGCUACGAAGGCUGCCGCCAACGCAGAUACUUAUGAGAUGUACGCUGAAAGCGUUCGUCUUGGAGGCUGCACCACUGGCUAA